GUCAAACUUGCAGCCAGCAGGUAGUCCUACAGUCACGAUGCAUUUACUAACAGUCUCUCUGUUUAUUUGUUGGUUGAGUUUUUCCAGUGCUUGCCAAACUGCAAUAAAUUACAAAGGAGCCCAGCAAGCAGGAGACAUAAUGAUUUUAGUAAUAAUGCCUGCACAUCAGGUAGUAAGGAGUACAGAAACGGACGAACCAGGAUCAGUGUGGUGUGAGAGGUUUGAUGUUCGUGCUUUUGUAUGGAUACAAUCAGUGAUCCAUGCCAUCAAUAGAAUAAACUCAUUACCGACAUUAUUGCCAGGAGUUAAACUUGGAUAUGAAAUACAUGACUCAUGUUCUGAUGUGUCAAUGGCAUUAAGAAAUGUAAUGAAAUUUGUUCUAAUGAGCAAUUCAUCUGAUUACUGCAGUUCUAUGCAAUGUGAUUAUGUAGAAAACAACUCAUAUGUGAAAAUUGUUCUUGGUGAUAUGUAUUCAGAAAUUUCUAUGGCUAUUGCUCGACUACUGAAAGUAUUUCUCUUCCCACAGAUUAGUCCUGGUUCUACAAAUGGAGAACUUAGUGAUAAAACAAGAUAUCCCACCUUUUUCCGUGUGGUUCCAAGUGAUGAAUAUCAAGCAAAUGCUUUGGUCAGAAUGGUUAAAGCAUUUCAUUUUGUUAGUGUUGGAGUAAUUUCCAGCAACUCUGACUAUGGUAAAUAUGGGCGUAGCAAGUUUAUCUCCUUAGCAACAGAGAACAACAUUUGUAUCCCUUUCACAGAAUCUGUAUCUGAUUCAGAAAAUGAACAAACUGAAAGUGAAAUACAUAACAUAGUUGACACUAUUAAGAACUCUCAUGUAGAAGCAGUUCUGGUGUUUGCUAUGGAAUCAACUGUGAAAAAUAUAUUUGCUGAAGUCAUGAAGCAAAACCUGACUAACAACACCUGGAUUGCCAGUGAAGCCUGGUCCACUUCAUCACUGAUCUCUAGAAUGGACAACAUAACUACUGUUGGCCAAAUAUUUGGUUUAUCUCUGAAGAAAGGCAUACUUCCUGGUUUUCAGGAAUACCUUGGAAAUAUACUUGAAAAUCCUGAUCCUGACAAUUGCUUUUUAGAAGAAUAUAUUGCAUUACAGCAUUCAUGUUUUGGAAAAGGAUCUUCAGAUUUUCUAAGCAAUGCAAAAAAAUGCCAAUUUCAAAAUUACACAAACGACUGCAGUAAGAUACAACUUCUGAAAGAUUUUCAAGAACCACUUACAAGUCAAAUUGACUUUGAAGUAACAUACAGCAUAUACUUAGCUGUAACAGCAAUCGCUCAAGCUCUCCAUGAACUUCUGAACUGUGAUACAGAAGCUUGUGACCAAAAUUUCAAUUUUGCUCCAUGGCAGCUCUUGAAAAUCUUGAAAAAAGUGAAUUUUACAGUUGAUGGAAAAAUCUAUUCUUUUAAUGAUGAAGGUGACAUCAACAGUGGAUAUGACAUAAAGUGGUGGAAAGCAAAUGAGAAGGAAAUCAAAAUAAUUGACAUUGGAGAAUACAGCACAUCUGACAACAAAAUAAGUCAACACCAACCGUUUGUCAGCAUUUACAAUAAGUCUUCAUAUAUAAACUGCAUCAAACAAUGUCCUCCAGGUUAUUUUAAAAACAUGACUGAUAUCAAAUGCUGUUACAAAUGUGAUAAAUGUGGAGCUGGAACAUAUUCUAAGGGUGGAGAUGCUACUGAGUGUUCAUUUUGUGAAAGUUACCAGAAUUCUGAAAGUGGCAGCAGCUCCUGCUAUAACAAGACCAUUGAGUUUUUUGCUUGGAAUGAUGAACUCUCCAUUACGCUCUUGGUGUUCUGUGCUUUUGGUAUUAUUAUCAUAUUUGCUUUGGUGGUCAUCUUCACAGUGUUUCUGAGAACCCCAGCUGUGAAAUGUGCUGGGGGUAAACAUUGCUACGCAAUGCUUUUUUCACUUCUCAUAAGUAAUGUGGAUGCAAUGCUCUUUAUUGGAGAGCCCCUAGACAUUUUGUGCAAAAUACGUCAACCUUUAUUUGGCUUAAGUUUUGUUCUCUGCCUUUGUUGCAUUUUAAUCAAUUUAUUACAGAUUUCAGUAGCUUUCCAAAACACUCCGAUAAAAUCAACAUUCAAAUCUUACUUAGUGUUUCCUGUGUGCCUUUUACCUCAAAUAAUUGUUUGUACACUCUGGUUAGUUUUAGCUCCCCCUCAGAAGCAAAAAACAGACAAUGGGAAUCAGAUUAUACUUGGAUGCAGUGAAGGGUCUCCUGUGGCCUUUUGGUUCAUGUUGGCCUAUGUGGCUUUUCUCGCACUUGUUUGCUUUGUGAUAACUUAUAAAGGAAGGCAUUUGCCAGAUGCUUACAAGAACUGCAAGUUUAUUACCAUCGCUAUGAUUAUAUACAUAAUUGUCUGGAUUUCUUUCAUUCCUGCUCAUGUAAAUACAGUCAACAAAUUCCUUCCUGCAGUUGAAAUGAUUGCCAUUUUGGCCUCAAAUUAUGCAAUUUUGUGUUGCCAUUUCUUUCCUAAGUGUUACAUCAUUUUUUUUCAAGCAGAUCUAAACACAGAGGAUGCUUAUAAAAAGAUCAUUCGAGAGUACGUUGAAAGAACGCAAAAAAAAAGCAUCAAGACUUGAGAAUGGGCCAUGAUGUAAUGCACUUUGAUUUUGUUAUUGUUGUAUAUGGAACAUUUAAAGCUAUUAUGUCAGUAUUUGAAU